CAGCUCUUAGCUGCGCCCGGGAGCUGCCGCAGGAGGAGGAAAAACGGGGGGGGACCCCGCCGCGGCCAUGGGGGAGCUGCUGCCGCCGCCGCUGCUGCCGCCCUGGCUCCCACCCUCCUAACCGGCUGAUUCCUAAAACGGAAGGAUGGAAGAGCGUUUACCGGGAAUGCAGAGCAUACUGGAGCCGGUCAAUCUAUCAAAGGAAGACAAUACACCUUCUGGCUCAUCAGGUAAUGAGAGCACAAGCAAGACGUCUGAAGUGAAGGACUGCUCAGAUGUUGGUUAUACUGGUGAUGAGGAUUCCAGCUUGGAAAGGGAACCUAAAUCGUUGGCAUCAAACUACAAUGUAACAGCUACUGACAUAAGAGGGGAUGGAGCCAUAACUGAAGCGCAGGAGUUGCCGCUUUCACCUGAUUGUGGUGAAGGUGGGGACUGCUGUGCUAAUACAUGUUCUGAAAGACAAGUAGAAGACUCUGUGAAUGCAGAACAUUUGCCUGGUGAAGGUUUUGAACAACAGGUUUCAAGAAGUAAUGGCACAGAACAAUCCCUAAUGGAAAUACUGCAGGAGCUAAGGGAGGAGUCUGACUUCACGAAAAAAUCUAGCCAUAGAAUCUAUUCAGAAAGCCCCUAUGACACAGACUGCACCAAGAAACUUAUUUCCACAAUACAACAAUCAUCAUCACAGGAGGCUUUGCUAGAAGAAAUAGAAUCUGAACUAUUAUCUACAGAUUUUACGAAAGAGCGUAAGCUCCCAAAUGGAAUGAGGAAGGGUGAACAUGCCUUGGCAACGUUUGAAAAAUGUGUGCAAGAUAAAUACCUCCAACAGGAGCAAACUAUAAAGAAAUUGAUUAAAGAAAACAAAAAGCAUCAGGAACUGAUUUUGGAUAUUUGUUCAGAAAAGGACAAGUUGAAAGAUGAAUUGAAAAAACGAACAGAAACAGAAAAGCAGCACCUCAACAUUAUUAAACAGUUAGAAUCAAGAAUAGAAGAGCUUAAAAAAGAAGUUAAAACUGCUAAAGACAAGCUUGUAACACAAGAUGCUGCAGUCAAAAAUACUAUUCAGCAAUUGCAUAAAGAGAUGGCAUUUCGUAUGGACCAGGCAAACAAGAAAUGUGAAGAGGCACGCCAAGAAAAGGAAACUAUGGUGAUGAAGUAUGUUCGAGGAGAAAAAGAGUCUCUAGAUCUCCGAAAGGAAAAGGAGUUACUGGAGAGAAGACUAAGAGAUGCAAAUAAAGAAAUUGAAAAGCAUGUGAAUAAAAUCAAGCAACUUUCUCAGGAAAAAGGAAGAUUGCACCAGCUCUAUGAAACCAAGGAAGGUGAAGCCACUAGAUUCAACCGAGAAAUAGAAAAAUUGAAAGAAGAAAUCAGUUCUCAUGCCAUCAAAGUAAAAUGGGCCCAAAACAAAUUGAAAACUGAAAUGGAUUCACACAAGGAAACCAAAGAUCGACUCAAAGAUGCAACCACAAAGUUAACUCAAGCAAAAGAGGAGGGAGACCAAAUACGGAAAAACUGCCAAGAAAUGAUAAAAACAUAUCAAGUAGGCAUACUUUCUCAUGAGGAGUCAGAAGAAAUUAAAUCAAAUGAAUUGGAUGCAAAGCUCCGAGUAACAAAGGGAGAACUAGAAAAACAAAUGCAGGAAAAGUCUGAGCAGCUGGAGGUACACUAUGCCAAAAUAAAAGAACUUGAGGACCUGAAGAGAACAUUUAAAGAGGGUAUGGAUGAGCUGCGUACACUGAGAACAAAGGUAAAGUGUCUGGAGGAUGAACGGUUGAGAACAGAAGAUGAAUUAUCAAAGUACAAAGAAAUUAUUAAUCGGCAGAAGGCCGAGAUUCAGAAUUUACUGGAUAGAGUGAAAAUUGUAGAUAAGCUGCAGGAGCAACAUCAAAGAGAUGAACAAGAAAUCGACACCUUGAAGGAAGAACUGGAUAGUCUGAACUCUCUGAUUACUGAUCUCCAAAAAGAUAUUGAAGGCAGUCGGAAAAGAGAAUCUGAGCUGCUUGUAUUCACUGAAAAACUAACUAGUAAGAAUGCACAGCUGCAGUCUGAAACCAACUUCUUACAGACCCAGCUCGAUAAGCUUACCUACAGUGAAAGAGAGUUACAGAGUCAGCUGGAACAUGUGAGACAGACUAAAGAUGAUCUGGCAAACAAACUGCAAAAGGAGGAAGAACUACGCAAACAUGAAGUCCAGACCCUGCAGACAGAGUUGGCUUCUCAACAGAAAGAGCAAACAGCACUGAACACCCAAGUAGAUGAAUUAAAAGACGAGUUAGUUACUCAAAAGCGUAAACAUGUGGCAAAUCUUAAAGACCUCACCAAGCAACUUCAGCAAGCACGAAGGAAAUUGGAUCAGAUUGAAAAUGGCGGCUGUGAUAAAGAAGUUAGCAGUAUGGGGAGUCGUUCCAGCUCAUCAGGGUCCCUUAACGCUCGAAGCAGCAACGAAGAUCGCUCGCCUGAGAAUACUGGAUCUUCAGGAGCUGUGGAUAGCUUCCCAGAAGUGGACAAGGCUGUCCUGAUUGAGAGAAUAGUAAGACUACAGAAGGCUCAUGCUCGGAAAAAUGAAAAGAUGGAAUUCAUGGAAGAUCACAUUAAGCAACUGGUGGAGGAAAUCAGGAAAAAAACCAAAAUUAUUCAGAGUUACAUUUUGCGGGAAGAAGCUGGCACGCUGUCCUCAGAAGCCUCUGACUUUAACAAAGUCCAUUUGAGCAGGCGUGGUGGCAUCAUGGCAUCCCUGUAUACAUCGCAUCCCGCAGACAGCGGGCUCACAUUAGAACUCUCGCUGGAGAUAAAUAGGAAGCUACAGGCUGUGCUAGAGGAUACUUUAUUAAAAAAUAUUACACUGAAAGAAAAUCUGCAGACACUAGGAACAGAAAUAGAACGGCUUAUUAAGCACCAGCAUGAACUGGAACGGAGGAUGAAGAAAGUGUAACAAACUAUGGAACAGUGAGAACAAAGAAACAGGUGCUGCAGACUGUCAUUUUGAAGUUUCUCCUGUAAACCGAGUGUCAACCAAUGGUAGAGCCUAAUCCUGCAAACCUUUAACCACACCAAUUGUCCUUCUGGACAUGAGAGGCUCUGUAGGAUCAAGUGUGACGUUUGUUUUGCCUCAGCCAUUGAUGAACUUUACUAUAGGCUACAUUCUUAGAACUCUUCUCUGAAAUUAAGGCAUCCAGAGGCUUUGCAGUGUGCACUGCACGUAGAGUCCAUUUCAGUGAGAUUUUAAUUUCCGCACUGUGCAAUUAAACAGCCUGCUAAUGAUAAAGCUUGGAGGGAUGGGGAGAGGGGAGGGGAAUUGAUUUGCUGUGGAACAUAUCCAGUGCUAUUGAGCUUCCAGGGCUUUCAGAAUUUUCUUCCCUACUCUAAGAGUUUGAUAUAUUUAAGUUGAUCAAGCAAUUAACAUAUGCAUGGGAAAGGGGCUUUAUAAUUAAACUUUUGUAAAAAUAAUUAAGGACAUGAUGCAUAUUUUACCAUUGGACAAAAGCUUAAUGGCUUCCCUGGAAAUGUAAUAUGAAUUGACUUUUUGUGGGGGGGAAAGGGGCAGGGAAACUAGCAAGAAAUUAGAAUGAGAAAUUUCUGUUGAUACUAGGCAUUUUCAGUUAUAUCAGACUGUAUCAACUCACCAAGUUUUUCAUAAACUCCAGAUCUCUAGACAUAUGAAUCUGAAUAACUUUGAACUCAGGUAGAUAUUGAAAAAAUCAAACUUAUUUUACAAAAUCAAUUAACACAAUUUUUAAAGUAUGAGUUAAGUUGUCCAUUAUUUAUAUAUGUAUUCCCUUAUUCCAAGACAUUCCAGUCCAUUAAAAAAAAACCCUCCCCCCAUUAUGUUUAGUCAUCUUAGUUGUAAGUAUAGCCCAGCUAGUAAAACUGACCAUAAAGGUAUAUUUAAAUGGUGAGUUGCAAUUUAUUGGUGGAACUGUAGAAGCUGUACAAAAAUCAGACUCAAUUUUACUAAUAUGAAUUAGUCUGUCAAAAUGAUGGAAUUGUGACCAUAAUUUGAAAUUUCAGUUGAUAUCCCCACCCUUCAUUCACAAAGUGAUGGGGAAAUAACAAGAAUGGUGUCACCUUGAGGCUGAGUCACAAUAUUUUCUAGAGUUUAAUACUAGAAAAAGGUAAUUGAGAUGGACUGGAAUGGUUCCACUUCUACAGUAAAUGCAUAUUUUAUGGAAUUCGUGCCCAUGUAACUAAAAUGCUUGAGUCAGACCAGUUCAUCUUGUAAAUAUAUUUAGGGUUUAUACUGUAUUUAUUAAAUAUUUGCACUUCCUCGUCUCAUGAAAAGUAUUUAGUGCACAUGUACAAACACUCCACAAUUUAACAUUAGCCAUUUUAAUUUGAAAGGCCACUUAUUUAAAACCUUAUUGCAGUGUUGUCCAUUAAUCUUUUAAAUGUUUCUCAUACCACUGACCUCCUACCCUCUUACUUCAUGUGCAAACUGAGCUCUAACCUGCAAACACAGGCUAAAAGUUACCAAGGGACCUAAGUUAUGUAGGUGCCUACAUAUUGUCAAAAGUCCCUUCUGAAAGUUUUACCCAUGAGUGCUUAACUUGAGCUAUGAGAACAAUUCUGAUUGUCAGGGAGAUUUAUUCCUGCAUGUAAAGUUAAGCAAUGUAUGUAAGUGGUUGUAGGAGCAAGGCCUGGUCUGCUUAGAGUUCCUUACGAGUCCUGAAUAACUGUCAUCUUUACUUUUUAUUUUUAAAUUGAAUAUUUAUUUGGAAAAAGCUAAAAACUAUUGAUUUAAAACUUGGAGGAGAGCCCCAGCUGUGGUUCAACCUUAUUACAGUUUUUUUUUUAAAUACAUUUUUUCCCCAAGACCUAAGAACAAAUGAGGCCAGUCCUGCAACCUUGUGAUGAAAGCUUAGCCACCCUGGCUCAGGAUUACCUCGCCUUCAUUCCUAGGAGGGGAAGUGGGUAGGAAACUGUUAACCUCUUAAGGAGAGAAUCCUAGUUACAUUGGCACAACUCCCAUUGAAAUCAGUAGGUGAAAUUCUGGCUCCUCUUGAAGUCAGAGUGGACUAGUAAGUUUGUCUGACUGAAUUAGACCCCAAAGUGUUCAGGAACAAAGGUCACGCUUCCAAAUAACAGAACUUAGUUUUCAUACCUACAUGUGCCAGAUCUGUUGUAUUUUUUUUUAAAGCAUGAAAACAAGAAAUUGAACGAUUCCACUGUUUAGAAUCUGAAACCAAGCUUACUCCAGCAAAUAGAGAAAUGGUAUUUAAUAUUAAUGUAACCUUUUAAUGUGUUCUGCAGCUGUUUAAUGUGAACGUAGUAAAGAAAUGUGAUGCAGAUGGGAUAAGUGCAAUGAUAUUGUAAAAAUUCUUAUUGCUUUAGGGCAUUGUGUCAUUCCAGCUCUUAAAUGAUUUUAGAGCACCCAGUUAUCCUUUUGUCUUGCUGAAAAGUGCUGCUUCCUCUGUUAAACACUACACAUAUGCAGGAUUUUUUUCCUUGGUUGUAUAAAGUGUACAUGUACAUGACCAGGACAUCCUAGUGUUCAUUAUAUUCUAGUCAGAUGUUUUGUAUAGGCUUUUUCUUUAAUGCCCCUAUCACAGAUGGAAAUGACACUUCAGUAUUUGUUAGCUCCUCUACACAUCUUUGCAUCAUGUCAAAAGUAUGAUGGCAGAUUGUUGUAGGAAUAAUUUGUUAGAGUAGUUUUGCUUGACUUUACUGAUGUCAGUUUUCUCAUAUGCAAGAUGCUGCUGCAAAUUGAGAGGCUUGUAUUUUCCUCAUGAAUAUGUCUGACUAAUAUGCUAGUGUUUUCAUGGUAUACAGCAAGAGUCAGAAUGAUAUUUAUUUGGUGGAGGGAGAAACAUUUUUGUUAAACAGCCUCUUUUCUAGGGGAAUAGCUUUAAAUCAAAGUGAAAUCCAGCCCUCUAUAGAAUCAGCACAAGGCCUGUGUGACAAUUGUAUCCACUUUCCUUGUUUGGGUAACAUAAGUGUUGCAAACGCUUUGUGCUGGCCACUGCACAGUGAUAAAUAUCAGCCAGGCUCCCAAAUAUGGGAGGAGGGAGUGGGUUUUUAAAUAGUCAGUAUGUUGAACGAUGGGAAGUAUAGUAUCCCCACAGGCUGGUGUUUUCAGAAGGAGGCACAAGCUGUUAGGUGCCCACUGUCCAGUGAAAUUUAGUGGUACUAGGUAGUUAGCUGCCUCAAGCUCCUUCUGAAAAUACCCAUUUAAACCUUUAGCCAGUUGCAUCUAUGGGCUGAAAUAGAAUUUGCAAUUGUUUUUUUGGUAACACACACCACUCAUCCAAGCUGAUUGUGGUUUCCGGUCCUAAAGAAAAUCUGCUUCUGACUGCCUAACUAUGGUGGGCUUUCCACACCAUGGAAUAUCCUAUUUCAGAUUAUAAAGUCAGACCCAUGUAUCUGAAUAGUGUCUAUAUGUAGUUGUAUACCUGACAUCGGCUGUGCUUUCCCUUUCAACUCCAUUUAAGUGUAUGUAAGUUUAGUUUUUGUGGAUAGACUUCUAUCUGGUUUGUGUUCCCAAAACACUUUCUGCUCUGCAGCUGCUUACUGAUCCUCUUUGCUUGUUGCUGGCAACACAUGCUGAAAAAAGUAUAACUUUUGAAACUGGUUCUGCUCUGCAGUAUAAUUGCUUUGUGUUCUUACCUUACACCCACAACUUACUUUGGGAGCAGCAAGGCAGUUCAGAUGUACAGGCCUGUCCAUAAACCAUCAAUAAUAAGCAAUACUUUUAUUCAUGACUUUUUUUUAGUUUACUAUUGACACACAACUGUUUGAUAUUAACUAUGGUAACAGUAGGUGGCGCAAGAAAUCCAACUUUUCAUGCCAUCAAAAAGAGAACUGAAAAUGUUGCCAAAUAUAAAGAAUUUUCAGCUAUGAUACACAAUGAUAUAGUUAUGAGAUUUCCCCUCCCCCCCCCCCCCCCCGGCAAAAAAGGGUUUUAUUUACUUACCCAUUCUCUAUUGGUGAAAAUGAUGUUCAAUCUUCCAAUAUGUACAUAUGUGUAUUGACAAGAUACUCUGUGACUAUUGAUUUGAUUGUUAAUUUUGUAGAUAUGUUUCUGUAUAAAAUGAAGUUUUUCAAGACAUGACUAUACAUUAUGUAUAUAGUGUACUUUGAAAUAAUAAACAUGCCAA